GCGUCAGAGGAGAUCAGGACGGGGGGGGGGAAAAAACGCAGUAAAAAUAGAGCAGAGCUCCAAAACUUACGACGGAGAACUAUUUAUUUCGGAUGUCCGUAGAUGUGGCGGAGCGCCACGGCUCGGUGCUCAGCUACACGGGACAAGACGACGGUCCGUCUGAGAGGAUUAAUGCAAAGGCGAGGUGGGAAACAAGGAGCGCUAUCCGGAUUACUCUCGUUGGAAAAGGGAAACCAGAGGAGGAUUUUUCCAGGCAAGUGAGGCUGAGCGGAACGCCGAGAAGACGGAGCUGCGUGUUGGCGUUAUCCGCGGAUGGGAUACGUUACACCGGGCCUGGGCCGAUGUUCACAUCCCCGGCACUGGAUGCGCUGUGGGUGACGUUUUAACGGGAGGACAUCUAAAAAGCGUCGCCGGUACGUCCCGGAGAACCGACCCAGUCCGCGCGGGGGCAUCGACACAAAGCUCGUCCGUUUGGGCCGAUGCCAACGGCAGACUGCAGCUUGCUCCAUCAUGGCCGGAUCAUGAGGUGUUUGACUUAUCUACUGCUGCUUCCAGAAACGCUGAAGAGGUCCAGGAAGCUCCCGGCCAGGCUGCCGGCAUGCUAUGAGCUUCUGACUCUGUCCCUGUCCGGCACCAAGAAGCAGCACAAGCAGGAGGCGGACACCGCGAAGAUGGCUGCGAAGUUAUUCUCCGCCGCCGCCGGCCCCAACGCCGCCGCCUUGGCCGGCGGCUCCACGGUGGCGGACGCGGAGAAGGCGAAGGAGGCGGUGUGCCUGGCGGAGAGCGGCGGGACCGGCACCGGCGGACCCGGCGGCGGCGGCGGCACCGCCACCACUCCGACCACCCAGCAGAACCUCAGCAACAACAACGUAGACCCACCCAGCUGGCAGUGCAGCCACCCCACACUGAGAGAGAGGAACGCCUUGAUGUUUAACAACGAGCGGAUGGCUGACGUUCACUUCAUGGUGGGGCCCCUGGGGGCAUCCCAGAAAAUACCAGCUCAUAAGUACGUCCUGGCCGUGGGAAGCUCGGUCUUCUGUGCCAUGUUUUAUGGCGAUCUGGCGGGGGAGGAGUCUGAGAUCCAUAUCCCAGAUGUGGAACCGGCUGCUUUUCUAAUUCUGCUCAAGUACCUGUACAGCGAUGAGAUUGACCUGGACGCGGACACUGUGCUGGCCACGCUGUACGCCGCCAAGAAGUACAUCGUCCCGGCUCUGGCCAAGGCCUGUGUCACCUUCCUGGAGACCAGCCUGGAGGCCAAGAACGCCUGCGUGCUGCUCUCCCAGAGCCGCCUGUUCGAGGAGCCGGAGCUGACGCAGCGCUGCUGGGAGGUCAUCGACGCUCAGGCCGAGCUGGCUCUGCGCUCAGAGGGCUUCUGCGAGAUCGACCUGCAGACGCUGGAGAUCAUCCUGCAGAGGGAAACGCUCAACACGGAGGAGGUGGUGGUGUUUGAGGCGGUGAUGAACUGGGCCGCGGCAGAAUGCAAGAGACAAGGUCUGGGGCCCAGCACCCGCAACAAAAGAGACGCGCUGGGCAAGGCGCUGUUCUUGGUGCGGAUUCCCACCAUGAGCGUGGAGGAGUUCGCCAACGGGGCGGCACAGUCCGACAUCCUGACCCUGGAGGAGACGCACAACGUCUUCCUGUGGUACACCGCCGCCAAAAAGCCCGCGCUGGACUUCCCCCUGACGCCGAGGAAGGGCCUGCACCCCCAGAGGUGUCACCGCUUCCAGUCCUCCGCCUACCGCAGCAAUCAGUGGCGCUACCGCGGCCGGUGCGACAGCAUCCAGUUCGCCGUGGACAAGAGGAUCUUCAUGGCCGGCCUGGGGCUGUACGGGUCGAGCGGCGGCAAGGCCGAGUACAGCGUCAAGAUUGAGCUCAAGAGACAGGGCGCCGUUCUGGCGCAGAACGUCACCAAGUUUGUGUCGGACGGCUCGAGCAGCACGUUCCCCGUGUGGUUCGAGCAUCCCGUCCAGGUGGAGCAGGACACGUUCUACACGGUGAGCGCCGUGCUGGACGGGAACGAGCUGAGCUACUUCGGCCAGGAGGGCAUGACGGAGGUGCAGUGCGGGAAGGUGACGUUUCAGUUUCAGUGCUCCUCGGACAGCACCAAUGGGACCGGGGUGCAGGGAGGGCAGAUCCCAGAGCUGGUCUUCUACUCGUGAGCUGCUCCUGACUGCAGUCGUGGCCUUCUAGCCUUCAGACUAAUGUAGCAUUCAAACACCUGGUUAAUGUCACACUAAAUAGCCUGCAGAGCUCCUCCAGAGAGACUAUUUUAAAAAGCUACGGAGCCGUUUUAUUCUAUUUAAUUUAAGGUUAUCUUUUUAUUUAAUUCUGAUUUAAGGUUAUUGGCUGUGCUCCUUGUGUCUAAGGGCUGCAUCUGCUGUGGAAACACGCAUACUGUGUUUAUGUAAUCAAGCUCAAGUCCAGACCUGGAACGAGUAGAAGCCACUUUAAGACGUAGGUUGAUAUGUUCUUAUAGUCUAAGCAGCAAUACCACACAAGGAGCGAGCUCACUGUGGGGUUCUGAUCAGAAACACAGAGAAAGAAAGCUUCCCAGACGGUGGUUUUGCACUUCAGAGGACGACCUCGCCACCAUUUUGUCUUCGACUGUAAACAGCUUGAUGCUGACCUCAUGUGUUCUGUCCAAGAAUGCUUACACACCUGAUAAUAAAACCGAAAAGUUAUAAUGGAAACAGAUGCCAAUAUCCCAUCUUUGUGGUGCUGGGGUGGAGAGAGGUGGAGGGGGGGGGGUGUAAGGGGGCUACAGCACCCUCUGGUCAAGGGUGAAUGAACUACAGCUUCAUUUAAUGUAAAGAUUGUACUUUCUCCAGCAAAACACAUGUAGAUUAGAAUAUUGGGGGCAUGUUCAUUUAACUCAGUAAUUUCAUGCAAUGGGUGAUGUGGAUAUUAUUGUAGAGAAGGGUGUUUCCACUAGGUUUUCAGGUAUUCAGAGACAUGUCUUCAUAAUGUCGUCCUGCGUCUGCUUUCCUGCUACAGCUGCUUAUUUCUGUCGUCUGCAGAGGACUCCUCUGCCAGGAAGGAACACUGAACAUUGGUAUCACUACGUUUUACUUAAAACAAAAAAAAGCAGCAAUUCUAUCAUUUUAUGCUAAACAAUUAUAUUUUUUAUUUUGAUUUAGGUUAUUAUAACAUCUCUAUUGUUAACAUGACACAUAAAAUAUGAGUUGUCACCAUUUUAAAGUUACAAUCAGCAGCUUCAUGUAGCCUAUCCCUGCCAGUGCUUUCAUUGUUUUCAGCUAAAGAGAUUUAGAAAAAAAAGGAUUAAACUGCAUUUCAGUCACAUGUAGUGAGAUACAUUUAUAGUUGAUGUCAGAUAAAACAGAUUUCUUUCUAACAGAUGUGUUGAAGACUAAAGUAAAACCUGGAAUUAGGUUCAGAAUUGGAAGUUUUUUAGGAAAGGCUGCGUUUCUGGUUGUGCUCUACACAGAGUUAGGCUGGGUCUGAGAAGCUGGCAUCUGGGGAAUUAGCCAGGCUGUUAGCUUACACAUGGCAUCCUCGCCAUUCCUGUCAUCGCGAACAGCGCCUAGUGACAGUAGCGCACACAUUGGGUUUGAUAAAACAUGGCUGCCCAAAUCACGACUGACUGCCGAAGCGUCACGCUCUACUUGCAGCAACUUUGAUUCAGGUCCUCUACAUUCUUCCUCCAGACGCUGGUAGCUUGAUUUCCAGAUUAAAUGAAAAAGGUUCGUUUAUCUGAAAAAGAGAGUUUCGGAUUCCUGAACAAAAGUCCAGUUUUCUUCGCCCAGCCCAGAUAUUCUGGGACAUUUGGAGCCUGGAUGCUGGACACAUGUCUGGGGGACAAACUCCGGCUGCAAUCCAUGCCUGGUGAAUAUCCCACAACAUCCUGAUUGGGCUUUGCUUUCCAAUCUUCUGGGGACUGUGGUUCUGCAUGUUUCUAGUGCACCUUUUUCUACCACACCAGGUGCUUCCUUCCACACAACUUCCCAAUAACAUGCUUGGAUAAAGCACGACCCUCCUUGUGGAAGGUAGUAGUGUCAGGUACUGGGGAGGUUAUCACUGGACAUUUCUGUAUCAAAAUGCAUUUUACAUUCCAAGAAAAUUAAAUGUGGGUCUUCUUUAGCUGCAAGUAACAAUCAACGUUACGGUAAUUAAAAUAAGUGCCUAAAAUACACAGUCUGAUCAAUCUGUACAAGUCUCAUAUUUUUAAUGGAAUUGUGGAAAUAAAUGGCCUUUUCAUUUGAUAUUCUUUGCUGCAUGAGUGAAACCAUCAAUCACCAGCUACUGCUCUUUGCCUUUUGGUCCAGAAGGACAACUUCCUGUAAACUUCCCUUUAGCUCAACAGAGCCCGCGGCUUUUUCUUUGCAUCCACCUUGUAUCCCUCUUGACCAGGUCAUCAUUGUAAAUGAGAAUUAGUCCUCAACUGACCCACCUGGUUAAAUGAAAGAGAAUCGUUUUUCAUCCCAAUUUACAGCACAGGAGGCUUUCACAAAGUAGCAAUUCUUCUUCGUUGGUUCAUUUUGAUUUGAUCAUUAAGGACUUCGAAGUCGUAGACGUGAAUGUUACGAAAGUACAAAUAGUAUGCAGUAUAUAGUACUAAAUUAGCCAUGGGGAUUAAUGUUUUGGUACCUCUGGUACAGGUAUGUG